UAUAUAAAUACACGCCAUUAACACUGCUCAUAUCUCUCACCGCUCCUCAUCUCUCUCCACAAAACCAGUGAUCGGACUUCAAUUCCGUAGAAAUAGAAUAAACCCUUUUCAUAUUAUUAGCUGUAAAUCUAAAUCUCUUGCCAUUCACAGAACCCAAAUGCCUCACCGCUACCGCCCGUAACUUGUAUUCUUGAAUUCUCUUCUUCCAGAUCUGCAUUUCCCAUUCUCCAGUUAAAACGUCAAAUCUGAUCCUAAUUCCUCAUUAUCUAUUGCUACAAUGACCAUAACCAAUGGUGGGGUUCACUCUGUGAGUACAAAUGGACACAUAACAAGUGACAAAGCCUUCAAGAUCUUUGUGGGUUAUGAUCCUCGUGAAGAUAUUGCAUAUGAGGUCUGUUGCCAUUCCAUCAUGAAGCGAUCUUCAAUCCCUGUUGAGAUCAACCCCAUCAUUCAAUCAGAACUUAGAAAGAAAAAUCUAUAUUGGCGUGAGAGGGGUCAAUUGGAAAGCACAGAGUUCUCCUUCAGCCGUUUCUUGACUCCAUACUUGGCCAACUAUGAGGGCUGGGCAAUGUUUGUCGAUUGUGAUUUCCUCUACUUGGCUGACAUUAAGGAAUUGACUGAUUUGAUUGAUGAUAAGUAUGCUAUUAUGUGUGUGCAACAUGAUUACACCCCAAAAGAGACCACUAAAAUGGAUGGAGCAGUGCAGACUGUGUAUCCAAGGAAGAAUUGGUCUUCAAUGGUCUUGUACAAUUGUGGGCAUCCAAAGAACAAGGUGCUGACACCUGAAGUUGUGAAUACGCAAACAGGUGCUUUUCUUCAUAGGUUUCAUUGGCUCGAGGAUGAAGAAAUUGGGUCAAUCCCAUUCGUGUGGAAUUUUCUUGAGGGCCAUAACAGGGUUGUGGAAGGUGACACAACUACAUUUCCUAAAGCAAUACAUUAUACUCGUGGAGGGCCAUGGUUUGAUGCAUGGAAGAAUUGCGAGUUUGCAGACUUGUGGUUGAAGGAAAUGGAAGAAUACAUUACUGAGAAGAAGAAAAAUGUUGGUGGAAAUUAGAUCGCAUCAGUCAUCAGCUGGUAGAAUGUCACUGUUUAAGUUCAUAGUUUUAGUAGUAUGUUCAUUCAUCUAUUCUUUAUGAUGAAUUUGUUGUGUGUAUCUUACUAUGAUGCUUCUCUAGACAGCUAUGUAUUUAUUUACUUGAGUAGGGUAUUUCUGGGUUAUAAAUGUCUUGAAAAUGUUUGUUCUUUGUUUA